AUGGCGUUCCCCAACAUUUACACCCACAGGAAAGUGGCAGAUACAGCAUCAAAGCCAUGUGAUAUAUGCUUCAAACCGAGCACCAGCGUGCUCGUUGUUCCUGAAAACAAGGACUUUUUUUUCAUUUGCCCUGGCCAUUUGAAGGACAAGGGCUUCUGCACUCCUAUCAUAGAUGAAGCUGCGGUAGCGGCUAAGAAGAAGAAGGAGAUGGAGGACGAGGUAGAGCGGGUGAAGAAGGAGUUUGAGGAGAAGCAAAAGAAGAAGAAAGAGAAGGAAAAGGAGAAGGAGAAGGACAAGGACAAGAAAGACGAAGAUAAAAAGGAGAAGGGCGAUGAGAAAAAGGACGACGACACCAAGAAACCAGAUACUACAUCCCAAGAACCGGAAGAAGAACCCCGAGUCUUUGCUCUCCAAAAGGCCUUCUACCAAAAACGCCUUGACCGCAAGCGAGCAGGGGAAAUCGCAAAACGCAACCGCGAACGCUUCCAAAACCCAAACCUCUUCCCCAGCGUCCCCAAAGACAUCCGCUGA